UAGAAAGUAACCCCGACGUCUCCUUCUGCAAGCCUGGUGCUAUUAAUAUGUGAAUAACCGCAUUUUCAACUUGUGUACACCCGUUUCCAAACUGCCAAAUGCCCAUCAUUUUGUGGAUCGGUGUGACAACUGACAACUGAAGUCAACCCCGGCUUCAGCCCGGCGCUUGCAGAAUAAAGCUGGACAGCCUUUGGAGUUUGGACCUUUGUCGAGUUACUAACACUCUCUACUGUCUAUAGAACGGGCAGAACCUGAAGGAUGAAACAUGGAGUCUGGCCUCUUUUGGCCUCUGGGACAUCGCAGAAGUUCAAAAAUCUCAGCCAGAACUCGGGAGCUUUACGCUUCUGCAGGAACCCUUGAUCACGGGCUGUCGAUAUGGUCAAGUCUAUCCCCUGAUUCCCCCUCCUUUGUCCUGCACGGCUUUGUCUCAAACUCUAAAUCCACACGCAACCACCCAUCAUGGUCUUCCAUCACAGUGACCUCUCCUGUCGCACCUUGUCAUCACAUGGUUUGGUCAUAUCUCUCCUGUUCUCUUUCAAACUUCAACGCUUCAACGCUUCAACGCACGGCAACGGCCCAGAGUGUCACUCAUGAAGAGACUCAGCAUAUGCCUCUCCUUCAUUUCCAGUUCAAUGUUCAUCAGGCUACCUACAUCUUCAUCUCUUUUUGCGGCUUUGGUCAUGGUGUCUGGCGUACAAGGCGUUAUGGAGACGUAUUGACAAUUUGACAUAUGAGGACGCACUGGUGUCAAUGCUUGGUGCUACAUGCCGUCGGCGCUUGGCUUUCCUUUCACUGCACCUUACAGCGGCAGUGUAACACCGCACUUAGGUAUACUUAAUACUUAUAU